CAAAGAUCCAAUCACCAGGAUAUUGUUUUGGAGAUGUUGCGAUGCUGUCAAGUCGAGAAACGGCGAUCAGAGUCCCCCAGGCCGUGCUACAUCGGUUGGUCGUCGUAGGAUAUACCUCUGCCUUGGAGUUGAAGUUUAUUACGCGUUCAGACGAGCCAAUUGACGGGUCUUGAUGCCGACCAAGAAUAAGGAUGAGGACUAGAUAGACUGAGGUUGAGGAUGAGAAUGAAAAUGAGUGGGGGAAAGUGCGGAGCCAAGUCGAAAGAGUGGUGAUACCCGAAUAUGGCAGGUCGGCAUCGUCAACAGCAGCAGCAGCAGCGACAACAACAGCAACUAUCUGCAGCCUCUUCCUUACAAAGUAUCAAUCAAACACCAGAGCAAUCAAUGAAAGACAGGCUCAUCCACAAGAGAAGAAGUGAGGACCUGAGUUGGUUACAUGAACGAGUCCCAUGAUUCUCACAGCAGUUGGUCUGACUCUCUGUCAAGGCCCUCUGUGCAUGCCAACCUGCAUGUUGUAUCAAGUCAUCCUGGUAUUGCGUGCAUGGAAUGACAUAAACAAGCAUAUCUAUCCGGCCUUACCCCGAGAGCUCGUACGCCGUCUCCGCAAGGGAAAUGGAUGCUGUUAAUCGGGCUGAUAAUG